CAAGAAUUCUCAAAUCAUGGCGGGGAAACCCAAGCUGCACUACACCAAGGGGAGGGGGAAGAUGGAGUCAAUCCGAUGGCUGUUAGCAGCAGCUGGGGUUGAGUUUGAGGAAGAAUUCAUAGAAACGAAGGAAGACCUAGAGAAAUUACGCAAUGAUGGAUCCCUGCUGUUUCAGCAAGUGCCCAUGGUGGAGAUGGAUGGGAUGAAGAUGGUGCAGACCAGAGCCAUCCUCAGCUACAUAGCGGCAAAGUACAACCUCUAUGGAAAAGACCUGAAGGAGAGAGCAUGGAUUGAUAUGUAUGUGGAGGGAACAACAGAUCUGAUGGGAAUGAUCAUGUAUCUCCCUUUUCAGCCAGCUGACACGAAAGAAAAGAAUCUUGCCUUAAUCAUUGAACGAGCUACAACCAGGUACUUUCCUGUUUAUGAAAAGGUAAGUGAUAAAUCACCAGUAGUCCACGAAGACA